GGUAGUACGGUCAUUUCGUCCCAAGCCCUAGAAAGCUCUUAAACCCCAGGUCAGCAGAGGCGGCGAAUCCCUAGUUCCCCGUCCAGUCCUUCGGCACCCGAAUUCCGGCGGCGGCGGCGAUGGCGGCGGCUGCUGCGAGGUCCGGUUUCCGGCGCAUGUUCUCCAUCUCGGCCUUCGCGCCGCCGAAGCCGCCCGCCCCGCGACCCCAGGCCGACCCCUCCCCGAACCUCUUCGUCUCCGGAUUAAGCAAGCGUACCACAACAGAUGGACUUAGAAAUGCUUUUGCAAAGUUCGGGGAAGUUGUGCAUGCUCGAGUUGUGACAGACCGUGUCACUGGUUAUUCGAAGGGGUUUGGCUUUGUAAGGUAUGCUACAACUGAAGAGGCAGGGAAAGGAAUAGAAGGAAUGGAUGGAAAGUUCCUUGAUGGAUGGGUUAUUUUUGCGGAAUACGCUAAACCCAAACCAGCACCCCAGGAAGCAGAGAUGAACUCGCAGCCACAACAAUCAUGGGGUCCUCCAUCAAGUUCCUGGGGUUCACAGUAGAUGAAGAGCUGCCAGCCCUCUAUCCAGCCUUGGGGCUCACAGUGGAUCAAGAGGCCAUCAAUUCAGCAUCUAAUUUAUAGAUAUUGUGUGUGCUGUGCGAGGUGUGAAUGCCCUAGACGUUCCGAUAUUCUUGCCGUGUUGGAGUGGUCGUUUACUCGGGUCCAUGAUUUCCACAUGAAGAGGUAGUUGUCAAUCCCAACACGGACCAAAACAAAUAUUACUAUGUGCAACAGAUGAGAAACAGUUGAAAACCUUUGCGAAUAAUGUCUGCCGUUGUGCUUGUUGUGGGAUGUUAUGCGAGGAUGUCAUUUUACUC